AAAUACUUGAGCUACUGUUCUGUUUUACUCUAGUAAUUCUCUCUUUCCUCUCUUUCACAAAAAAACUCACUUUUGGUUCAUCAAUUGAAACCAGCUUCACAACUCAUUUCACUUUUUUUUAAACUUCAUCAUCACAAAAAACUAAUUACAAUGUCUGGCGGCAAAUCUGGUGGCAAGUCUGCUUCUGCUCCUAAGAACUCGACCUCUCGCUCUUCCAAGGCCGGUCUUCAGUUCCCUGUCGGUCGUAUCCACCGUCAUCUCCGCAAGGGUAACUAUGCUCAGCGUGUUGGUGCUGGUGCUCCCGUCUACUUGGCUGCUGUUCUUGAGUACCUUGCCGCUGAAAUUCUUGAGUUGGCUGGUAACGCUGCUCGCGAUAACAAGAAGUCCCGUAUCAUUCCCCGCCACUUGCAGCUCGCCAUCCGUAACGACGAGGAAUUGAACAAGUUGCUCGGACACGUUACCAUCGCUCAGGGUGGUGUCUUGCCCAACAUCCACGACUCUCUCUUGCCCAAGAAGAGCAAGAAGGGCGGUGCUCCCUCCCAGGAGAUGUAAUGCAAAGGAGGAUAAAGAAAGUCAACCGGAAUCCAGUGCAAUCAUUGACCAUUGGGAUAGUUUCAGUUUCGGCACCCAUUUUCCUCUUUUUAUUUCGCACAGUCUCUUGUAUUUCAUACAUACCUCGCAAACGUCCAUCAACUUCCAAGUUCCAUUUGAUUCAAUUUUCUCUUCAGGAUUCUUUAUCAAGGAGUGGAGCUAGAAUGUCGAGCAAUUGCCUUUGCGUUCAUUAUUUUUGUACAUAAUAAUAAACUUUCGACAAUAGAAACAAGCCAUGGAUUGUUCUAAUUUG